GAAGUGACUUUUAGCAGCGGAGCGGCUUCCGGGCACGGUGCGGGUUGCAUCAGCUUAUGAGGUAGAGUCGUGCUCAGUAGGACUCUGAGGAGGAAGGGGAAGCGUUGGCAUGGCAGCAGCCGCUUCUGACUACCAUUGUAUUCUGAGCAUUAGUGAAGAGGAAGCCAGGUUGAAGGCUCUGAAUGAGUACCUCAGCACUCGUAGUUAUAUCCAGGGGUACACAUUUUCACAUGCAGAUGUGGAAGCUUUCAGACAGCUUUCCGGCCCACCUGUGGACCAGUAUUUCCAUGUGGUUCGUUGGUACAGGCACAUAGAAGCAAUCUAUGAUGGCAGCAGUGAAAAACAUGACUCCUGUAAACUCCAAACAAGAAUGUUGUGUGAGAACUGUAUUGUAGAUUUCAAUUUCAGUAAAAGCAAGCGUACCCAACCUCCAUGGUCUCCACCCCAAGGAACACCAUUGCCCAAACUCUGCCUGUACAACAGUCUCACUCGGAGUAAGGAUGUAUUUCAGCCCCAAAAUGGCAACAUAGUGAAGUGGUAUUGCUGUGGUCCAACAGUGUAUGAUGCGUCCCACAUGGGACAUGCAAGGUCGUACAUCUCAUUUGAUAUACUGAGAAGAGUUCUUAAAGACUAUUUCAAGUACAACAUCUUCUACUGUAUGAAUAUUACAGACAUAGAUGACAAGAUUAUAAAAAGAGCAAGACAAAACUAUCUCUUUGAACAAUAUACAGAAAAGAGGCCAUCAGCAGCACAGCUGCUUGAAGACGUCCAGACUGCCUGUAAGCCUUUUUCAGCUAAGCUCCAAGAAACCACUGACCCGGAUAAGAAACAGAUGCUAGAAAGAAUUCAAACUGCCGUGAAGACUGCUGUGGAACCUCUAGAAAAUGCACUGCAAAAGAAACUUGCUGAAGGAGAAGUCAGUAAACAUGCAGAGGUGUUAUUGCAAGAAGCAAAAGAUAUACUUUCUGAGUGGCUGGAUGCAAAAUUGGGCAGUCAGGUGACUGACAACUCUAUAUUUUCCAAGCUUCCCAAAUUCUGGGAAGAAGAAUAUCAUAAAGAUAUGGCAGCUCUCAAUGUAUUACCUCCAGAUGUCUUAACACGUGUUAGUGAAUAUGUACCAGAAAUUGUUGACUUUGUUCAAAAGAUUGUCAAUAAUGGAUAUGGUUAUGUGUCCAAUGGAUCUGUCUAUUUUGACACAAUAAAAUUUGAUGCCUCUGAAAAGCACUCCUAUGCUAAGCUGGUUCCUGAAGCUGUGGGGGAUGAGAAAGCACUUCAGGAGGGUGAAGGUGACUUGAGCGUCUCGGCAGAUCGUUUAAGUGAGAAGCAUUCUCCCAAUGACUUUGCUUUGUGGAAAUCCUCCAAACCAGGAGAGCCUUCAUGGGAUUCUCCAUGGGGGAAGGGCCGUCCAGGCUGGCAUAUUGAAUGUUCUGCAAUGGCUGGAUCCCUUCUAGGAGAGUCAAUGGACAUUCAUGGCGGAGGCUUUGAUCUUCGAUUCCCUCACCAUGACAAUGAGUUAGCACAGUCUGAGGCAUACUUUGAAAAUGACCAUUGGGUUCGCUACUUCCUGCACACGGGGCACUUAACGAUUGCUGGUUGUAAAAUGUCCAAAUCUUUGAAAAACUUUAUUACAAUAAAAGAUGCCCUGAAAAAGCAUACAGCUCGACAGUUACGGCUGGCUUUUCUUAUGCAUUCUUGGAAGGAUACAUUGGACUAUUCAAGCAAUACCAUGGAGUCUGCUAUUCAGUAUGAGAAAUUCAUGAAUGAGUUCUUUUUAAAUGUGAAAGACAUCCUUCGGACUCCUGCCGAUGUGACAGGCCAGUUUGAAAAAUGGGAAAACCAGGAAAUAGAGCUGAAUAAAAGUUUUUAUGACAAGAAGGUAGCAGUGCAUGAAGCAUUAUGUGACAACAUCGAUACACGAACAGUCUUGGAAGAAAUGCGGUCAUUGGUCAGUCACUGCAAUUCCUAUAUUGCUGCAAAGAAGACCACUAGGCAAAUGCCAAACAGAUUGCUGCUAGAAACUAUAAGCAUCUAUCUGACACAGAUGUUCAAGAUCUUUGGUGCUAUAGAAAGUGAAGAGUCUAUUGGGUUCCCAGUUGGAGGAAGUGGUCAAAAAAUAAAUCUCGAAACGACUGUAAUGCCAUAUCUACAAAUUUUGUCUGAGUUCAGAGAAGGUGUAAGGCAAAUUGCCAGAGAAAAGAAAGUGUUUGAAGUUCUGCAACUUUGUGAUUCUCUUCGAGAUGAUAUCCUUCCUGAGCAUGGAGUUCGGUUUGAAGAUCAUGAAGGACUUCCAACUGUGGUCAAACUAGUGGACAGAGACACCUUGCUGAAAGAAAGAGAGGAAAAGAAAAAGAUUGAGGAAGAGAAGAAAAGAAAGAAAGAAGAAGCAGCUAGAAAGAAACAAGAACAGGAGGCAGCAAAACUGGCAAAGAUGAAAAUCUCACCAGGAGAAAUGUUUAAAUCAGAGCAUGACAAGUAUUCCAGAUUUGAUGAAAAUGGGUUUCCAACCCAUGACAUAGAAGGCAAAGAACUCAGCAAAGGUCAGAUGAAGAAACUAAAGAAACUCUAUGAAGCACAAGAAAAACUGUACAAGGAGUACCUUCAGAUGUUUCAGAAUGGAGUUGCAAACUGAGAAGAAAAUUUGGACACCUUGCUUCUUAAAUAAAUGCAACAGUUGAAUUGUCUUUCUGGGGAUAAUGAAUUUUUAUUGGGCAUAGACUUUCCAAUGUGCAAAGCUCAAAAUAAAUGACCUAAAUCUGUUGGCUGAAAUCCAGUUGAAAACAUAGGUCAGUGUAAACCCAUCAAGGUAGAUUUCAGCUGUGAAUUGGCACAAGUUAAGAAGUCAACAUAGACAUUUGCGAUCAUGUUCUGAGUCACACAGCAACAAAUGUCUAUGCUAACUUCUUAACUUGCAGCAGUUCACAGUUGAGAGUUACGUGGAUUGACUUAGGCCAGUGGGCAUAAAGAGCAUUCUGGCCAUUAUCUGUUUUUAUACGUUCAGAAAUUUUGUUACUUUGUUCGUAUACAAAUGUUCUGUGAUACAAAUGGCAAGCUGCAAUAAAUUAGCUGCUCUCCCCCUUCUGAACAUGUUGCAUGGUCAGUAGCUCCUUCAUUUUAAAAUGUGCAGUGCAAUCUCUUAUGUGUUUCUUCAGAAGUAAGUCUACAGAGUUCAGUCUUGUAGUAAGUGUUCUUAGAGUUGUAACCAUAGCUCUGAGUUUGGAAAUUUGGAACAUUAGCAUAGCUUUCUUUUGCAAAUAUAGGAGAGUUGUAAAUAACACUAAACAGAAGUUAAGAGACUCAAGGAAGGGCAAGUAACUAUUUUCUUAAAGUAAUAACCUCAAAUCUUACUUCAGAAAUUAUACUUUGAUUAAAUGCAAAGGAACUAC